UCGGCUAUAAAUAUGCUAAACCACAAAGGUUGUUAUAGAACAAAAAGAAACAUUGCCUUCCAAUAGUCUAAGUAUUAUUCUAUCAAACAGAGAUAGGAAAAUGGCCUCAAUUGCUCAAUCGCCUAUAGGAACUACUACAGAAAAAAUAAACAAGCCCUUCUCUGCCACCACCAUUUCUCUUCCACUUGUAUCCAUAAUUUCUGAGAAGCUCAUCAAACCUUCUUCUCCAACUCCUCCUACUAAAAGAUGGCACAAACUUUCUCUUAUUGAUCAAGCUUUCAGCAACUCUUACAUUCCAUUUUCCCUUUUCUACACCAAACAACAACUAGAUGCUAUUUCAAAGAAUAAUAAUCCUACUCAAAUAUCACAUCUUCUUGAGGAAUCUUUAUCGAAAAUCUUGUCCACUUAUUAUCCAUAUGCCGGAAGGCUUAAGGAUAAUACUGUGGUUGAUUGUAAUGACACGGGGGCCGAAUUCAUUGAAGUUCAAAUCAGUUGCCCAAUAUCACAAACUCUUAACUGGCACAAUUCAGCUGUAGAAGAUUUGCUAUUUCCUCAAGGAUUACCUUGGUCGAAUAGUGCAGAUCGCGGACUAGUUGUUGUUCAGCUCAGCUAUUUUAGUUGUGGAGGAAUAGCAAUCAGUAUGUGUAUAUCACACAAGACUGGUGAUGGAUGCAGUGGGUACAAUCUUUUUCGCGAUUGGUCUGAGAUAACUAGCGAUCCAAAUUUUUCAAAACCAUCUCUUCACUAUGUUGAACAAUCUAUUUUUCCUCCACUAUCAAGUGGUCCUUUUCUUUCCCCGUUAUUCAUGUCAAACAAACAUGAUUGUGUUCAAAGAAAGUACAUUUUCUCUAACGAAAAAUUACUUAACCUUAAGAACAAGGUUGCUGCUGAAUCAGAGGUGCAAAAUCCGACACGUACAGAAGUUGUGAGUGCACUUAUUUUUAAACGUGCUGUUGCAGCAGCAAAGGCAAACUUGGGUUUUUUCCAACCAUCAUCAAUGGUUCAAGCAGUUGAUUUGCGAGCACAAAUUGGUUUGCCUCCAAAUGCUAUUGGAAAUCUUCUUACUAUCUGUCCAACAUCAAUAAUCACUGAACAAAGUAUGACAAUAUCAAAAUUAGUCAGUGAAAUAAGGAAAUCAAAAGAGCUAGCUUACAACAAAGACAACAUCAAUGACAACAUAUUUGUGGCGUUAUUGCUUGAGCUAGCUAAUUCGAAACAGGAAUAUCAUGACAAUGGGCCUAAUGCGUAUCAAAUUACUAGCUUAGUGAAAUUUGCACUUCACGAAAUCGAUUUUGGAUGGGGAAAGCCUACAAAGGUGAGUAUAGCAAAUGGUCUAAAUAACAAGUUGGCUAUCUUGAUGGGUAAUCAAAGUGGAGGACUGGAUGCAUUUGUGACACUCAGUGAACAAGAUAUGUCUGUAUUCGAACGUGAUCCUGAGCUUCUUGAAUUUGCUUCAUUAGUUCCAAGUUGUUAGAAAGUUUACAUAUAUUAUCUGUGUGUUUGUUUUGCUUCCUACUAAGUUAUUUGAAGUCCUUUCAUUUGAUGUUGUCUUACUCUUAUGAUGGUACGAAACCUUUGUUUUCUUAGUAAGAAGAAUGGAAUAAAGAAGACUAAAUGUUUUUUUUGGG